AUGACUCAAGCCAAGGUCGCUCAACCCACCAAGCGGGCUUUGUCUGCUGUCCCGUCCAAAUGCCUAAACAUCGACAACGUGAACCCCUCCAUCAAGGCGGCCAAGUACGCUGUGCGCGGGGAACUGGCCGUCAAGGCGGAAAGCUAUCGCCAGCGCCUGGCCGACGGCGACAAGGCUCUGCCCUUUGAGAGCGUCAUAUUCGCCAACAUCGGCAACCCGCAGCAACUCGACCAGAAGCCCAUCACCUUUUUCCGCCAAGUGCUCAGUCUCGUCGAAAACCCCAUGCUCCUCGAGAACCCGGAGGCACUCAAGACUUCGUUCGGAUACCAGCAGGAUGUCAUUGAUCGGGCCAAGACGCUGCUGGCCAAUGUGCAGAGCGUCGGCGCAUAUAGUCACAGCCAGGGCGCACCGGGGAUCCGGAACAGCGUGGCCAAGUUUAUUGAAGAGCGCGAUGGCUUCCCCGCGAACCCGCAGGACCUGUUCCUGACCGGCGGUGCCUCGUCUGGUGUCAAUACCCUGCUGAACGUGAUCUGCAACAGCCCCAACGCGGGUGUUCUCGUACCAAUCCCUCAGUACCCGCUCUAUACCGCGACGCUGGCGUUGCUGAAUGCGCAGUGCGUCCCGUAUCAUUUGGAUGAACAAAAGGCGUGGGGUACGGAUAUUGAUGUUAUGCACAAGGCCAUCAAGGGCGCCAAGGCGUCUGACAUCGAUGUGCGCGCCGUGGUGGUGAUCAACCCGGGCAACCCGACGGGUGCGUCGCUGAGCGCGGAGGAUAUCAAGAAGGUCAUCGAUCUAGCUGCCGAGGAGAAGCUGGUGAUCAUGGCAGACGAGGUGUAUCAGACGAAUGUAUUCGAGGGUGAAUUCGUGUCGUUCAAGAAGCGCCUGCGCCAGCUCCAGCAGGCCGAGCCUGGCAAGUACGACGACGUGGAGCUGGUCUCGCUGCACAGUACCUCCAAGGGCAUGGUGGGCGAGUGCGGCCACCGCGGCGGCUACUUUGAGCUCGUUGGCUUCGACCCACUGGUCGUCGAGCAAAUCUACAAGCUGGUGAGCAUCAUGCUGUGCCCGCCCGUUGUGGCGCAAUGCCUGCUCGAGACCAUGGUCAACCCUCCCCAGAAGGGCGAUCCCAGCUACGAACUGUACCAGGCGGAGUAUAACGGCAUCCGGGAUGGUCUGCACAAGCGCGCCCGCGCUCUGUACAAUGCCUUCCAGCGCAUGGAGGGUGUCGAGUGCCAGGAGCCUCAGGGUGCCAUGUACCUCUUCCCAACCAUCAAGCUCCCCACCAAGGCCGUCGAAGCCGCCCAGGCGGAGGGCCGUCCCGCCGACGAGUUCUACUGCCUGCGUCUGCUCGAUGCCACAGGCGUGUGCGUGGUCCCGGGCUCUGGCUUCGGUCAGAAGGAGAACACUUUGCACUUCCGCACAACGUUCCUUGCCCCCGGCACCGACUGGGUCGAGCGCAUCGUCAAGUUCCACGCCGAGUUCAUGGAGAAGUACCGGUAA